AUUGGCUUGCGAUUGCUGCCUGACACUUGAACCAAGGAGCAGGGUUUUAUGUCUCCAGAGGCACUGGGAAGGCAUUUGGAUCAGUGGGCGACUGUAAGGCAAAUUCAAAAGCCACACAUUCACCAUGGAAGAAAACCCAACAGAAUAUCCCAUAAGUGUGAUCAAAAAUCCACCGGCCUGGGAAAUGGGAAUAUAUGGAUCAGGAGUCCUGAUCAUCCUGAUGAUCAUUGGAGUGAACCUCUGGAAACUGUGGAAAUCUGGACAUUAUCCUGCUCCCUCUCCUUUCCCAAAUUACGAUUACAGAUACUUGGAGCAGAAGUAUGGAACAUCAUACUCGGAGGUUCGACAAAAGAGAUCAGUGGCUUCAAGUUAUAAAAAACCUACAGAGAAAAGUUUUCUGAGCCGUCAAUCAAGCCUAAAGAUAGAUGAAACAUUUGAAACUAUUAAUGAGCUCGGAACUCUGGAACUGAUGACUAAAGAUUUGGAGUUGACAUCCUAUGGACACAUGAAAAAAUCUGUAUCUACAGACUCACUGAAUUCCAUAUCUUCCAUUGGUAAUAACUUUGGCCAUGACUUCACUGUUGGGCAAAUUGAGAUGUGCUUAGAAUACAAUAUGAACUCAAACACCUUGCACGUCACUCUGGUACAAGGGAAAGAUUUGCUUGAGAAAGAGGAUGUCAAUUUUGAAUCUUGCUUCGUGCGCAUCAGCUUACUGCCUGAUGAGCAAAUUGUUGGAAUUUCUCGGAUUCAGAGAAAUGCAUUCUCUGUCUUCUUUGAUGAGAAGUUUUCCAUUCCGCUGGACCCCUCUGCUCUCGAGGAGAACAGUCUACGCUUUUCAGUAUUUGGAAUUGACGAAGAUGACAGAAACAUCAGCACAGGGUUGGCAGACCUGAAGCUGUCAGAUCUGGAUCUCAGCUGCCGUGCCUUCAAUACUUGGCUUUAUCUGCAGGAUGUCAAUAAGGCAACGGACACAGUUGGAGAGAUCCUGCUCUCUCUCAGUUACUUACCUACAGCAGAGAGGCUGACAGUAGUGGUGGUCAAAGCCAAAAAUCUAGUCUGGAACAAUGGAAAGACCACGUCUGAUCCAUUUGUGAAAGUUUAUCUCCUUCAAGACACGAGGAAAAUAAGUAAGAAAAAGACAGCAGUGAAGAGAGAUGAUCCUAAUCCUGUUUUCAAUGAGGCCAUGAUAUUUUCUGUACCUGCAAUUGUUCUACAGGAAUUAUCGCUGAGAAUAACAGUGGCUGAAUGCAGUGAAGAUGGAAGAACUGAGAACAUAGGACACGUAAUCAUUGGGCCUGAGACCAGUGGGAUGGGCGGCACUCAUUGGAAUCAGAUGCUGGCAACAUUAAGGAAACCCGUCUCCAUGUGGCACGCUCUCCGAAAGAAAUAAAGCAAAGCAACAAUGACGUGUUCUUGACACAUAUGUAAAUAUUUUGCAUGGUGACUAAAUUCUUACACUUUAUUGCUGAUGCUUUGGGAAAUUCAAGUUUGAGACACUAAUUUUCCUUUCACUUUAUUGACUUGCAUCAGCCUUGUACUGGAAAAUGUGUAGCAGGAUAGUGGAAGAGCCAACUAUAAAUCACAAUGAACUUGGUUUGAUAAAUGAAUGCAUCGAUAACAAGAGCUACUGUGAAGUUGCUAUCCUACUGUGUGCUUCAUAUUGAAUGGUUCAUAUACAGAUAAAGAAUGGUUAAAGAUAAUAAAGAGGUAAUUGUCUGAUAUUAUUACCCAUUCAGAAAGCAGAGCUAUGUUAGCCCUAGACCUACAAACAAUCCCACGUAUUAAC